AUGAGAGGGAAGACUGGAGAAGAAAGAGGCAAAAAAGGGAGUGCAUUUGACAAGAAUGAGUUAUCAGCUAUUUUGAGAUUUGGGGCUGAGGAACUGUUUAAAGAAGAUAAAAAUGAGGAAGAAAGCAAAAAGUGGCUUGUGAAAAAGUUUGGAAACGAUAGCCAAAUGUGGUUGAUAGCUGCAGAGGUUGGUGGGUUUGUUGAAGCUGCUCCAGUAGAUGCACAGGUUGAGCUUUUUGAUGUUUUAUUAAAUGGUUGCAGAGAAGCAGUUAAAGGAGGAACUAUGGACCCUAAGGGACAAUUGUUGGAUUUUUUUGGUGUCCAUGUGAAGGCUGAUGAUGUAUUAAGCCGAGUGGAAGAACUUCAAUUCCUUGAAAAACGAGUAAACUGCUAUAAUGAUCUAAUCUCACAGUUUCAGGCUUUGAUGUACCUCAAACCUGCAAUCCACUUCAGAGAUACAUUUUUACAUGGUGUUGAUGACAGAGAUACAUUUUUACAUGGUGUCAGAGACCUUCUCAGCAUCCAUUCAAAUGUUCAAGGUGGUUUAUCGACAUAUGUAUCAGCACCAGGACUAUUACUAUUUGCAUCUUCCACCACUGCACAGCCAAUUUUGACACCAUGGACUCUGAUGAAAGAGCUGGAUGAGAUGGAAAAGUUGAAUGCCAGGCUGUCAGCUGCAGUGGAAGAAGUAACACUCGAACACUGCAAGAAGAACGAGAUUGUGAAGCAUCACUCUCAAGAAAUGGCACUUCAAAGGCAGGUAUUUGUGGAUUUCUUUUGUAGUCCAGAACGUUUGAAAAAUCAAGUCAGGGAACUAACAACACGUGUUAGGGCUUUGCAAGCAUCAUAA